CUCGAGCGCGGAACGGAACAUCAACGUGACACCGCGAGGGUUCCUUCAGAAGGUGAGCGCGCGCUGCUUCCGGUCGCUGGAGCAUGAAGACAUGAAAACACCGUCUUUGAUGUGCGCGCGCUCCCGUACAUUAAUACUGAUAAUACUGCAUUUGUUGGGGGCCGCACAGGAGCGCGCAGCAUCACGUACAAGGUUGAUUUUUCCAAGAAAGUUCUGGAACAUUGAGGAGGGAGGUGGUAUCACCAUGGAACCCAUUAUCAGGCCCCGGGCUGCUGUACAGGACGUGUUGCGAGAGCGGCGCUUAGCCUGGAGAGACCUCGAUCAUAAAGAACACCUGCUGAGUAAUUCGCACACAUGUCUCAGUCAAACCCUCGUCCCUGAGAGACGGAAAAGGAGGCGUCGCCAUGUGCUCCUUGGUUCGCGGGGUCACGUGCACGGUCAGCUGAUGCGAGUGGGCUGCGUUUUAGGAACCUGCCAGGUCCAGAACCUGAGUCAUCGUCUGUACCAGCUGAUUGGCCAGAGAAGAAGAGAACAUUCCUCUCCAGUUAACCCCAGGAGUCCUCACAGUUACGGAUGAAACUCACAGGACCCUUUACUUGACUCCGCCCACAAGCAAAUAGCACCUUUCUAUUGGACAGUAUCAUUAAGUCCCUAUCCUGAUGAACUAGCUGUGAUUCUGCUAUUACAGGACAGUAGGAAGAGUUCACUGCAGGUGAAACAGAUGACUUGUGAUCGUGGUCUCUGGACAAAUGCUGGUUUUCUUUACAUAUUGCUAUAUUUUUAUUUGUCUCACUAUUAUAAUAAGAACUAAUAAACAUGCCACAUGGUGAGUUUGUCCAA